UGACACCAUUCGGUUGUCAUCUUCUCAGUAUCGAUGACAUGUUAAUACGGUGGCAUAUAUGCUAGGUUCUAAGGACCUGUGAUCUUUCUGAAGCUUUGUGCUUCUUGCAGCCAAAAGAUGGAGAGGGCCUUGAUAGCUGGAAGGGAAGGUCCCUGGAGUGUGCGAGUGACAGGAAGAAAAGCUCUGACUCUCUUAGGAGAAAGUUGUUUUGUACUGCGUCCUCCACAUCCUGCCACUGCGGGUGCAAAACACAGCGCAGUCGACAUGACGGCGUCUCAGACCCUCCCACAUCACCUGCUGAACGUGAACAACAGUAAUAACAAUGAAGAGAAGAAAGAAAAAGGAGCAAAUGAAAAUGAAGUGGAAAAGCCCAAAGAAAUAUUUGUCAUUAACCCAGCUGGAAAUCUCUACUACAACUGGCUGUUCGUCAUCACACUGCCCGUCAUGUACAACUGGACCAUGAUCAUUGCCAGGGCAUGCUUUGAGGAGCUGCAGCAUAACUACAUCCUUUACUGGGUUCUAUUGGACUACACCUCCGACAUCAUCUACCUGGCUGAUAUGCUCGUCAAGACCAGAACAGGUUACCUUGAGCAAGGCCUGAUGGUCAAAGAUGAAAAGCUGCUCCGCAACCGCUACGUGAACAGCUUCCAGUUUCGGCUGGAUGUUAUCUCCAUGUUGCCCACCGACAUCCUGUAUCUACUCCUGGGUCUGGACUACCCGGAGAUCCGCGUCAACAAGCUCCUAAGGAUCGGCCGCAUGAUGGAGUUCUUCACAAAGACGGAAACCAAAACAAACUACCCCAACAUCUUCCGCAUCGCAAACCUGAUCAUGUACAUCCUCAUCAUCAUCCACUGGAACGCCUGCUUCUACUUCUCCUUCUCCAAGUCUAUUGGUUUCGGGGCAGAUGAAUGGGUGUACCCAGCGCUGGAUGAUCCAGAGAAGCCUGCUUUUGGGCAGCCCAUGAGGAAGUAUGCCUUUAGUCUCUAUUGGUCCACACUGACCCUGACCACCAUUGGAGAAACGCCACCACCGGCCCUCGAUUCAGAAUUCGUCUUCCAUGUGGUGGACUUCUUGGUUGGGGUUCUCAUCUUUGCCACCAUUGUGGGAAAUAUUGCAACGAUGAUCUCCAACAUGAAUGCAGCCCAAGCUCAGUUCCAGUCUCGAAUUGACAACAUUAAGCAGUACAUGCAGGUUCGAAAGGUCAGCAAAGAUCUGGAAUUGCGCGUCAUCACAUGGUUCGAUUACCUGUGGAACAAUGGCAAGGCUCAGGAUGAACGUGAAGUGCUGAGGUACCUCCCAGACAAGCUGAAAGCCGAGAUCGCCAUCCAAGUUCACAUGGAGACGCUGAAGAAGGUCCGUAUUUUCGCAGACUGCGAGGCAGGACUUCUGAUCGAGCUGGUGCUAAAGCUCCGGCCUCAGGUUUUUAGCCCCGGAGACUACAUCUGCAAAAAGGGUGAUAUAGGUCGCGAGAUGUACAUCAUCAAAGAUGGGAAACUGGCUGUUGUGGCGGAUGACGGCGUCACCCAGUUCGUGGUGCUGGGAAGCGGAAGUUACUUUGGGGAGAUCAGUAUCCUUAAUAUCAAAGGCAGCAAAGCAGGAAACAGGCGGACAGCCAACAUCCGCAGCAUUGGAUACUCAGACCUCUUCUGCCUGUCCAAGGACGACCUGAUGGAGUCGCUGUUGGAAUACCCAGACGCUAAGGGCAUGCUGGAGGAUAAGGGCCGACAGAUCUUGAUGAAAGACGGCCUGAUUGACUUGGAUCCGGCCAACAUCAAGCCGGAGACCAAAGAGCUGGAGGAGAAGGUCAGCAGAUUAUACAGCACAAUGGAUCUGAUGCAGACCAAGCUGAAGAAGAUCCUGGGGAAACACGAGAAAACAGAUAAAGCUCUGAGACAUCGCAUCGCCGACCUGGAACGAAUGACCGGCGAGGAGGUAGAGGACGAAGAAGAGGCAGUGGUAAAAAAGGAGGGGAUUGAGGAGGAAAAAGAGGACGAUGGAAAAGUGAAGAAAGAAGACGAGAAAUAAAACACAAAACACUUCUUCAUUAGAGAUAGAGGAACCAUGAACACACUGGAGAUCAAAGCUAAAAAACAAUGAGAGACAAAAGUGGUAACUAUGGAAACUAUGUGGUGUGUCUUGGAAGAAAUAAAUUAGCAAAUGAAAUGAAACCUUCCAUAUAUGACAUUAAAAUUGAAUCGUACAUUCACAUAUUACCACAUGCUUAUGCCAGUCUGCGUUUUCACUCUAGUUGUGUGCACAGAAACAUAACAAAUGCAUUAGUUGUAUCCACGUCUGUAAUAUAAUUCUUAAUGACUGGCUUGUUUUGAACUUAAAUUUAGGUUAUUUGAUUUAAGAGCGAUGAAAGUGAAGAGGAACACUCACUGCUGAUUGAAUGGUUUGGUCCAGGGCUGCACUUGAAGCUUUUCUUCAGGGGAUGAAAAAAGUGUGUCCCUGUGAAUGAAUUGAAAUUGUUUGUGUCUUUCAUUGACAUAUACUGGGGAAAAAAAACAAAAAAACCCACCAUGGUUGUUGAUUUUGAAGCUA